CUUAAUUCUUAAAUUCUUAAAUCUAUCUUCCAGGCUUCUUCCCCUACAACAGGCUCUACGGUGUCAAAACAAAAUCCAUUUACAAGCCCUCCCUUCCAAAGAUACCUUUAUUCUGAUGUCAGUGAGAUCAUGGCUGUCCUUAAAGUGACCUUCACCAAAUAUAAGCGGAACAAGCUGGCCCAAAUACUGUGGAUUCUCAACUGGUUGUCUGUGAUGACUGGAGUCAUGCUCUUCAGUCUUGGUCUUUUCCUAAAGAUUGAGAUCAAGAAGCGAAUUGAGGUGUUGGCCAAGGGUGAAAUCAGUUCCACCUCCAACAUGCUCAUCUCAGUGGGUCUCAUUGCCUGUGUCAUCAAUUUCCUUGGUGGCAAGAUCUGUUAUGACUGCUCAGAUGUGCACAGGUACAGACGUUGGCAGCUGGUCCUGCUUCCCUACAUUGCCUUUGCCUUCUGUUUCACUUUCUGCCUCCUCGUGGGCGCAUUUAUGUGCUACACCACAAGGAAGGAACUAGAGGAAUCUUUAUACCUGGGUCUGAGAGAAGCCAUCAAGUUCUACAAGGACACAGACAUUCCAGGACGUUGUUUCCUGAAGAAAACCAUUGACAUGGUACAGAUUCAGUUUCAGUGCUGUGGCAACAAUAGUUUCAGGGACUGGUUUGAGAUCCAGUGGAUAUCCGCACGGUACCUGAACAUGGCAUCAAGGGAGGUUGUAGACCGCCUGCAGAAUAACAUUGAUGGGAAGUUCUUGGUGGAUGGUGUCCCUUUUAGCUGCUGCAAUCCCAGCUCCCCACGACCCUGUAUCCAGCACCAGCUCACCAACAACACUGCCCAUUACAACUAUGACUUUCUCACUGAGGAGCUGAAUGUCUGGAUGAGGGGCUGCCGUGAAGCCCUGUUAGAUUACUAUACCUACAUCAUGCGCUCCAUUGGACUGGUGGUGCUUAUCAUCUGGUUAUUUGAGCUCUGUGUUCUCACUGGCGUUCGAUACCUGCAAACAUCACUGAAGAAUGUACUGCCGGAGGAACCUGAGUUGGAUUCUGACGGGUGGCUCCUUGAAAACAGCUUUGUAGAAACUGUCAAAUACAAUUUGAAUUUCAUCAAAAACCUUGGAAAAGCUGACCAAGUGUCUACUGUCUCUGAGUUGCCAAACCUCAAUAAGGACAUCUGAAAUAAUGAGGGACCAAAUAAUUCUUUUUUUUUUUUUCUGCGGGGCAAUGGGGGUUAAGUGACUUGCCCAGGGUCACACAGCCAGUAAGUUUCAAGUGUCUAAGGCCGGAUUUGAACUCAGGAACUCCUGAAUCCAGGGCCAGUGCUUUAUCCACUGCACCACCUAGCCACCCCCGCCAAAUAAUUCUUAAAUUCAUUCCCUCUUGCCAGCUGCACCUAACUGGGGAUUGUUGGAAAGACUAAUCUCCACAUUUAUCAAAAAAGCUGUCAGUGGAAGAAAUGAUAUUUGAAUAGGAAGAAUGACCCUGGCCAUAACCCAAGAAGUGACAAAUUCAGUGGAUGAUACAAUUCUUGUCUGUUGCCUUUGUCUCUUUUGUCCUUAGAUGAGAAUACCCUUUGCUAUCUUUGCUGUUCCAGGGAGGCCAUUCUCCCUCUUCCACCUUUACCUUUGACCUUCCUACAAGUGCCCCAUUCCCUUAUCACCCCCUAAUUCACUCUACUGAAAAGAGCCGGAUAUUCCCACUCCACUUUGACCCUUAAGUUCAGUCCUCUCUGGUGAUGGGUCAGUCCCAGAAGGCUGCCCAACCUGUGGGACAAAUUCCCUCAUACUCUCUAAAGACUCCUGGUCCUUAGCCCUGGGGCUGAACUCUCCUAUGCAUGUUGUCUUCCUCAAUUAGAGUGUAAGCUCCUUGAGAGCAGUCUUC